AUGUUCACCCCAGGAAAGCUAAAACAGCCAGAAACCUAUAGUAUUCGUGAUCGUCUACAGAUGGUGUGGAUGCUGGAGGGAAAGUCUUUAAUCGCAGUGCCUUCUGACGACCCCAACGUCAAACCUGUGACUAUUUUCUCAGUGCCAUGCAGAGACCCGAACAUCUCUAAUGAAAAAGGCAAUCCGAUAUACCUGGGAGUCCAGGAAGAUCUCUGUCUGUUCUGUGCAGAAAUUAAUGGCCAGCCUACCUUGCAGCUUAAGGAGCAAAGCUUAAUGAAACUGUACGAGGAAAAGGAGGCGAAGAAGUCCUUUCUCUUUCUGCACAGCCCAGAGGGCUCCACCGCCACCUCCUCCUUCGAGUCCGUCGCCUACCUGGGCUGGUUCAUAGCCACUUCCUCUCAGGCUAGACAGCCAGUCACCCUCACAAAGGAAAGGGGAAAAACUUACAAUACCAACUUCUAUUUCAGUUCCUUGCAGCCUGGACUGUGGUAG